AUGCAUCAGGAUCACGAGCUUGAGGCUGAGGAGAGAAUAAUAGAAGAUGAAAGGAAGCAGCAUGAUGAUGAGUUUGAGGCUGAGGAGAGAAUAGCAGAAGAUGAGAGGAAGCGUAAAAAAAAUGGUUAUACAAACGAUGGUGAUGAGGAUGAUGAUGAGAAGAAAAACGAUGGCUUAACUAUUCCUCCUCCGUUUGAUGAAUAUGUGAAGAAGAAGAACGGUGGCUUAACUCUUUUUUCUCUGGUUGAUGAAGAUUUGAAGAAGAACAACAUAGGUUUAACUCCUUCUCCUUCGGUUGAUGAAAAUGGUGAUGAUAAUGAUGAUGAGAAGAGAAAUGAUGGCUUAACUAUUCCUCCUUCGGUUGAUGCAGAUAUGAAGAAGGAGAACGAUGGCAUAACUCUUUUUCCUCUGGUUGAUGAAGAUGUGAAGAAGUAA